CCUCCCUGUCACAAGGUGACCCCAAAGAAAAAAUAAAUCUUUCUAUUUCUAAGGAGGCUUCAAUGUUCAACCAUUUCCUUUUAGUUGUUAGUUCCUCAUGGUCCAUUGGAGUCGCCCAGUCCUUUCUUGCAACUUGAUCGACAUUAUCAUGGCGUGAUUUACAACUUGGAGGAAAUUGAAACAAAAACAACUGAACUGUUUAGUGUGACUUCAUAACUUCUCCUGAUGAUCAUUUUCCCGUUGCAGAAAUGACGAAGGUUACUAGGCGUCAAUAUCAAUUUCAUACCCGUGAAAUUGUCCAAUAUUCGAUCGAAAUUCCAUGAUCUUGGGAGUAACUAAUUAUUCGCAAAAAAGAAAGAUAAACAUUAAUCAAUCAGAGUUGGAGUAACCUCGAAUUUGAUGUUGCUGCUGUUUUUUUUUCAGAACAACCAAGCCAUAUCCACUUCGUCUACAUCCUCUGCAGUUUAGCUCUUGUUCUUCUUUUCCACUUUAAAGUUAAAGACGGACUCAUAAAAGUCAGAAAGCAGAUGGGCGAACAUUGCUAUUGGUUAGGGUUGCUCGAGUCUUAGCUUCUGGUGGAAGCAACAUGAUUGAUGGGGGGCUCGGACGGUUCUUGAAAUCGUUCAGCGUCAGGGAGCAUGGCGGAGGGCGUGUUGGAUUAAGGCUCAUGUUGUGGAUACUUCGCAUCUCAUUUUUUUCAACCUGCUCAACAGAAUUCAGCGAGCAAUGACAUGAAUAUUGCCGUUGGGCUUGGGCUCCUACCCCAUCGUGUUAGCUUGUCAUACUCUCUUCACGCAUUCGUAUCAUGCCGACCUAUGAUAAGAAUACGUGUUACUACGUUUCAGAGACUACAUCCUUCUAUCAAUAUCAUGAUGAUUUUUGGCCAGCACCAACGAACUCAUCAGAGCAGCGUGUUUCUAAAAAGAGCAGUCUGCACCAGGGGGACAGAUUGUUUCUCGAGCACGUGCGACGCAAUGGACACUGCGAGACAGUCGGAACUGGCGUUUGCAAAAGCUAGAAGUCCUUUUUGACAAUGCGAAGCUGUCCGACAUCAAAAUUCGUCCGAACAUUAUUGUAAUUCCAUAAUCCUCUAGGCCUAAUUGUAGAUACGCAUUAUACUAAACUUUGUAAUGUGAGACGAGGCGCUACCUCGUCGUAAUGAGAAAGAAAUCAUGAUUCGUAUGACUUGAUGUUGAUGUAGUAAAAAGUUUUAGUUCUUUUGAUUUGAUCUUAAACUCAGAUAAUCGUAAUCCUAAGUGAAGCUUCAAGAAGUUCUUCUUUCCCUUCAGCAUUGUCUUCAUCUUGAAUUUUUCCGCAGAUACCGAAGGAGAGCGAAGAAGAUGACGGUCGGGAGUUUUAUUAUGCGCAAAAAGCGUAUUUGGCAGCAUGGAGUCCGGUUUUCGAUUCCAUCUUUUUCGGUCAGGGCGUUGGCACUGCCGGAGUCGGAGCCGUCGAGGAUGGGGAGCUUACACUGGAGUGCCUCAAGGAUAUCCUGUGGCUUUUCCUCAAGUACUUUUGCGCUAUACAUAGAAUCGAUCGCUUCUUUGACUUUGAUGUGUCGUCGAAUUACUCCUUCGGUUUCCGGAAUUUAUGCUCCUUCAGUUUCCGGAAUUUAUAGAUUAGCGAUGAACUGCAAUUGCCUUCUUUAUCAGAGGUGGCCACGGUCUUGUCAGUAUCAACUACAAAUCAUUUCUCCUUUUCUGUUAUUUCAUUGGAAACAAUAGAAGAUCUCCUUUUCUCUUAUUUCAUUGAAAACAAUAGAAGAAGAUGAAAUAAAGAAUAUUCCACCACCAGGUUCCUGUACACAGGGGAGAUUGUGUUAACAAUCGACACUGUGUGGCCCUUUUACUGUUUCGUGAAUACGUAUCAAGUCAACGACUUGAUCGAUUCCGUGGAGGAUAUCAUGGAUAAGGCGGUUAGUGUGGACACAUGUUGUUAUGAAGAAAUCGGUUUGCGUUGGUUUUUUGUAGUUGUAAUUGGAACUUUCGUCUCGCGCGUCAUCAGCAUUAGCUAUUCAUCUCCUAUUGCCGUGAUGUCAGAUGUCUUAUCCUUUCAAAAGAAACCUUAACCAGGAAGUAGAAACUUUGCCCGGCGUGAACAAAAAUGCAAUCGCUGUCUAAUUUUCUUCUCUCCUUUGCUCGGCGCAGCAGCUUGGUUCAUACGACCACUAUGCAUUGAGGAAGUACUGUUAUUACGUGAAAAAGACCACGCCUUUCUUCUGCUUGAUGUUAAUUUUCCUUUUACGGUGGAAAUUAUUCUAGUAUACUUCUUAGACUUAGCUGCACGGGCUGUGGCUGCUGUACAAAUACCAUGUUCAACAUGAGGCUUGCCCGUCGAGAUUUUCUUGUAUCUGACUCUCCUCACUACAUAAUCAGGUGCCUGAACAUGCUUUUGAUGGAUUUUCCAGAAGUAUCCGAGACACCGGGAUUCCUAGGGCUUGACUACGACGUUCUGGCCGCGGUUGUGAGCUCUGAUGAGCUAAAUGCAGCAGAGGAAUGUGUCUUCGAAGCAUGCAUGAACUGGAUAGCAGCGUAUCAUAAAGUUAGAUUUACUUACUAUAUGAAUGUCGUCCUAGUCGAUGUGUUUUCUAAAAUCUUUCGUGUAGGACACCCCAUCAAAACAAUCAUUAGGAUUGGCCCUACUUCUAGAAAGACUCGAGGACCUGCAUCUACAUGUCGAUGCCGUGGUUGUGAAGUAUAUCUAGAUACUGCAUUGUUAUUGUUUUUCAUUUGGAGGUACUCAAGUCUACGUUCUUCAACUACGUCAACGUGUACAUUUUGAUUGGUUGUUCAAUCUUUUUCUACAUCAGGGACGAGCAGCGUUUGGAGCUUUAUCUGGACGAUUUGUUGGGGCAUGUGAGAUUUCCCCUGAUGCACACGAAAUAUGUGGCUAAGCUCGACUCUCACCCAGUCGCUGCUCGCAGUAAAGUUAUAACAGAGCUAAUGUUGCAAGCGUUGAAAUUCGCCGUUGCGCCAAAAGAAAUGUCACAGUUUGUGAACCCGGCUACCUAUAAGUUAUGACUAGUUUCUCACUUUCCUCUCUGUCUUUCAUACUAACGUGCUUUUCUUUGCAGGAAGGUGCUACGUGUAGGCGCACCUUGUCAGGAGUGCAGAGAACCUGCGAAGGGUACUCUGCACCACGAUACUGCAUUUUUGGAUUGCUCGUGCUAAUACAGUAGCUACAGUUCAUCUUACAGUCGUACUAGAUUCUUCUCAACAUUCUCUCAAGUUAGAAUUUUCUUGCGUGAUGCUGAUGCUUCACAACAAUAACUAAGUGCAUCUCUCUAACCAAAGCGAGAAAAGGGGGCCUUUACUGGAAAGCGACGAAGAACAACAUGGCUCUGGACAUCUCCUCUCCAAACUACAAGACGUUCGUGCUCAACAGCUCCUGCGAUCUCGUACAAGCGUGGAAGAUGCGUAUAGAGCUCUUCGAGGAGGGAAGCUGCGUCGUUGGUGUCUGCGAAGACACAAUUGACACCAGCUAUUACUGCGGUCGCUUCAAAGACGGAUGGGGACUAGCUGAUAACGGUAUUGAGAGUCAAUGUUGAAGACUCCUUUAUUGCGCAUCGGUCAAAGGAAUAUGAACAGCUUGCUAAACUACACGUGAUUUAGUAGGUGCUUCAUGAUCUUACAUUUUUACCCUAGCUGAUAAUAUCCUGUUCCCUCUCCAUACCAGGGCACUUCUAUUGCGGUCAGUGCAAAUGCGACCCUACUGUGAAGCACUUAUGUACGCCAGCCUGUCAAGCGCAUAUGGAAAUACAUCAUGGCGCGGUCAUCUCCAUUGCCUAUCUAAAGGAGACGCAAGACCUUGUCUUUCGGCAGGGAAACAAGAUAUUUCGCCAGCGUUUGAAGAACGUAAACCCAGAGAAGCGCCUGUUUCCAGCUAUCUCACUUCGGGCAGCAAAGUGCAGAAUUUUCAAAGAGGAAGGCGAUGUGCUAGAAGGCAUAUGAUUCUGCUGCUGGCAAACGUGAGUGUCGUCCACUCUUGCGAAUGUUCGCGGCACGCCAGUAGAGCCAGUGCCACCACAUCAAAGAAAAUGAACACUGCAACUGCUUCACAACUCCUUCUAGUUUCUAUUUCGCGUUUUUAGUAUUCCAAUUCCAUUUCUAAUACCAAUACCUCGACCUCCUAUUUACUCGGAUGAAAACUCUUAGAGGCUGCUCUCAAGGUCUAAGUUUAGUUUCGUUGUCGUAUGCCAGAUGAUGAUGAUGAUGAUGAUGAUGAUGAAAAGCUGCAUUGACAGCAAAAGACGAGUCUGCUGUUGUUAUUUGUUUCGAUUGACUGCCUGCUGCAAGUGGAAAGUUAGCUUUGCUGCUCAAUGGAUUUCUAUCCAUCGUAUGACUUAUUUUCAUGUUUCAGAUGAUGAAAUUAAAUCUUAAACGAACGUUGCAAUCACCGAUCUACAGGUGCAACUACACGAACAUACCUUAGCGCAAAACAACGAGGUAUGUUUUCCCAAAUCAAUCACUCUCAGACCCGCCUUCACCUUCUCCGCCAUUCUUAUAUUUCUCUGUAUUAGCGGCUUCUCCAUUGACGCUGAAAAAAUUCCCCAUCAAUAUGUCCUUGUUCCUGUAAGCAGGCUGAUGGAAAUAGUCCCCGAGAACUCGCCGGAUUAAUGUGACGAGGUGGAAUAAAAAGUUGAUUGACAGAAGAACCACA